AUGGCUAUUACUAGUAGUGAUUAUGAAUACCUAUUAUUAAAAAAUAAUUUUAAUAUAUAAAAUAUUGAAUUACUAACAUUUUUUUAUUAAACUCCUUAAAAAAUUGAUAAAAAACUUAUAAACUUUAAUAGGAGAAAGAACUUUUCAUAUAUUUCUAAUAUAAUAAAUGAUCAUAAUUUAGAUUAAUUAAAUUUUUUAGUAAAAAAAGUAUGGCCUGGUAUAUAAAAGUAAUUACCUGAAGCAUAAUUGCAUAUAUUUGGAUCUGCAAACAAUUAAGAGUUGAAUAAUUUAUAAAAUAUCAAUAUAUUUUAAAGAGGUUAUAUUGAAGAUAUAGAUAGACUUUAAAGAUAUAAAGUUAUGCUAGUGCCAACAAGAUACAAUUCUGGAGUAUAAAAUAAAAUUAUAGAAAGUUGGAAUAAUUAUACUCCAGUAGUCACAACUCUUAUAGGAGCUGAAGGAAUGUUUUAUGAUUCUACUUAUGAAAAAAUAUAUGCAAAUAUAGAUGAAAAUUAAUAUACUUUUAAAUAUUAAACAGAGUUAGUUUGUACCGAGAUUUGGGGGAUUAUUUUAGAAUUAGAAUGCAGGUGA